GGAAGUUAGUGCAGCUAAAAUCAAAAUGGAUAUUAACGUAACACUAGACGAACCUUUAACAAGUUACGCUUGUGUGAAACUUGUUAUUGAACUUUUGAAGUAUAUUUUGUAUCAGAAGCAACAGAUACCAUUCACAUACGAUUCGUUGACUCGACUACAAAUGAGUGUAAAGCCAACUGACAGGAAUUCGUCCUCUAUAAGAAGAAUAUUGAGUUCUUUAAAAAGCGUGUCGGAAGAGUUAAGUUCUCAGUUUCAUCUCAAGAAUUGCAAAGUUAAAGAAAUUGCUAUACUGAUUGGUGCUACCAUAAUAUCACCAAAAUUACAUGUUAGAUUGCAAUUUCCAUCCAAUAUUCUUAGUAGUGAAGAACAUUAUGAAUGCAAGCAUACAUCUAGAAAGCCUUUAUUAAGCCUGAUGAGGUCUAUGAUAGGAUGCUCAGAAUUUCAAGAUGCAAUAAGUUUACCAUUGAAUCCAACAAACACCUUUGUACUAGUACAAAAGAGUGAUAGGAACUCAGUAUCUGAAUUCUUUUUACCAAAGCCACAAUAUGUACCACCAAUACGAAGUUCAAAUUGUUUUGUAAUCAAAUUCCACCAUAAUAAUCAAGUAAAAAUAGACUGUAAUUGCACUGAUAUAGUAAAAGUUUACAAUGAAGUAUGUGAGUCUGAUAGCAACAAGGAUGGAGACAUUAAUGUAUUAAACAAUUCCAAUGAAAUCAUUAAAAAUAUUCCUUAUCAGUGGUAUCAGUCCAGAGAAGUAAUCAAAGGAUUCAAAUUUAUAAGAUGACAAUGAGACUGUUAUAGGAAAUUGA